CCCGCGGGGCCCGGCUCACUCGCGCUCCCGCCACCGCCAUGGCACCGCCGCCCGCACGCGCCCUGCUCCUGGGAGCCGCCGGGCUGCUGCUCCUGCUGCUGCCCCUCUCCUCUUCCUCCUCUUCGGACGCCUGCGGCCCCUGCGCGCCGGCCUCCUGCCCGCCGCUGCCCCCGCGGGGCUGCCCGCUGGGCGAGACCCGCGACGCGUGCGGCUGCUGCCCCAUGUGCGCGCGCGGCGAGGGCGAGCCGUGCGGGGGCGGCGGCGCGGGCAGGGGGUUCUGCGCGCCCGGCAUGGAGUGCGUGAAGAGCCGCAAGAGGCGGAAGGGUAAAGCCGGGGCAGCAGCCGGGGGCCCGGGCGUGAGCGGCGUGUGCCUGUGCAAGAACCGCUACCCGGUGUGCGGCAGCGACGGCAACACCUACCCCACCGCGUGCCAGCUGCGCGCCGCCAGCCUGAGGGCCGAGAGCCGCGGGGAGAAGGCCGUCACCCAGGUCAGCAAGGGCACCUGCGAGCAAGGUCCUUCCAUUGUGACUCCCCCCAAGAACAUCUGGAAUGUCACUGGUGCCAAGGUGUACUUGAGCUGUGAGGUCAUCGGAAUCCCAACCCCUGUGCUCAUCUGGAACAAGGUAAAAAAGGACGAUAACAGAUUUCACAGGACAGAACUCUUGCCUGGUGACCGGGACAACCUGGCCAUUCAGACACGAGGCGGCCCAGAAAAGCAUGAAGUAACGGGCUGGGUGCUGCUAUCUCCACUCAGUAAGGAAGAUGCUGGAGAAUAUGAGUGCCAUGCAUCCAACUCCCAAGGACAAGCUUCAGCAUCAGCAAAAAUUACAGUGGUCGACAGCUUACAUGAAAUACCAGUGAAUAAAGGUGAAAGUGCCAAGCUAUAAACCUGAAGAAUAUAUUAGUCUACAUAGCUAAAUGUAGUCAUGGAUAACUACUACCCUGUUCUUGCCUAAUAACCAGUUUCUUUUCAUCCAGUCCACUAACACCUUAGUUAUAUUCACCGACUUUACAUAAAGAUAACACAUCAAGACUAUCUACAAAAAUUUAUUACCUAUUUACAGAAGAAAAGCAUGCAUAUCAUCAAACAAAACAAAUAAAAUGCUUUUUCUCACAAUG